AUGUCUCGUUUGGAAGUGAUCUGUUCUAAAUUAUUGGGUAAGUUCUUAUUGGGUUUUCAUUUUCAUGACUUACCUAAAGAUAUCCUUUUCUUCCUCAUUCUGAUUUUGGUUUUCGUAUCACGGAUGUUGGUUCGCGCUUUAUGGCCGCGUUGCCCAGUUUGGGCUGCUCGCGUUUUCACUCUGUUGAGUGUAACAACAGCACUUUUUUAUUAUUCUUCUUUGAUGACCACAGCGGAAUGGGUAACGAACCUGAUCAGAAUGCGGGGGGGAUCCGCUGCGGGCAACCCCGAUGGAACCUCUAGCCCGUCCUCGUCGUUUUUCCAGGGGCUUUCUCGGGAGAUACCCGGGGCACCUGUGGAACCUGGGCAAGAGGUGCAGCAGCCGGAAAUGGCUUUAGCGGCGCCUAAUCCAUCGAUUCAGCCAACUGAUCGGGGAGAGCAGAGCCGUCGAGUGCUCCGCUUGGGCCGGACCAGCCAGAGGACAGCAGUGCACCUUCAAGGCCGCUUACCGAGCAAGAUAUCAGGACUAUGGAACAGUUAUUCGAUAUUGAAGAAGAAUUGA